AUGAGUUCUUCAUUUGAUCAAGGGAACCUGGGAGAUCAUGACUGGCUUAUUACUCGUACUGGUCUACCUUCUAUUGAGAGUGUCGUGGAUGACGCAGAACCUAUAACUGAAUUUGUUUGUCCACCUUUUAUCCCUCCUCGUCGUUCUUCAAGACGAUAUUCUAUGAUGAUGAACGCUUUAUGCAUGGGUGGGGUAAUGAAUGAGUGGGAGAAGAGAGUCAUUUUCUCUAGAUUAAAACCAGUUCCACCAGUAGUUGAAGAAGAGUUUCAACGACGCCUCUGUACCAUUCAUGAACGUAAUACGGCGGAUUAUAUACAUGAGGUUCAACUUCGGGCAGCAACACAAGCAGCUGUUGCACAAGAAGAACGUCGUCUUGGAUAUGAAGAAGAGAAUGUAAAAAGGGAGGCUGUCUUUGCACGACACAAGAAUUUAACCAAUAUUUUGCAUGAGGAGAUCAAAAUAUGUAGGGCAAGACGCUGGUACACUAUUGUACUAUCCCACGUGUUUCUUACUGCUCUUAUGAAAGAGAGGAGAGUUCAUGAGGCUCUUGAUAAGAUUUCUUGGAUAUUGGUACCAGUUAUUAAACGUCGUUCCGAGGUAAAAAGAAGGCAUGAGGAGGCGGAAAAGUUAACAAGAAGUAAUUUGGAUAACAUACCAUUUCCAACUCCAAAUAUUAUUCUCAGUAUGUACGGAACAUUCUUUCAGGGAUGGCCUCCGCGUCUUUUGGAAAUGUUAGCUAGAAAAGCACGUCCUAUUUAUCUUAAAGCUGGCAAUUUCCUAAUGCAUGAGGGAGACCUUGAUCGUUGUAUGUACAUGAUAACUACAGGAUCUGUAAGUGUUAUUAUUAACGAUCGCAAAAAAGGUAAAAAAAGGACAAAAGAAUGCAGUAAAGCUUCCUUUGCACUCACACCUCCAUGCUAUGUUGGCGAAUUUGCUUUAGUAUGUAAAGAGCCAAGAAGUGCAUCUAUUCAAUGUGAAACGGAUGUUGGUGCGUGGAUUGUUUCACCUGAAGACUAUGAGGAAGUUGCGCAACACUUGAGUCCAGAAGUGGCUAGUAAGCAAAGAGAAGCCACAGAUGUUAGGCGUCGAGCAAAUUUACAAAAAUUUUUCCCUUUACGUGUGGAAUUUCUUCGUCAUUUUCCUUAUUUUGAAAAAUUUAGCACAGAAGCUUUAAAACAGAUAAUUGCAGCAGUAGAACCCAUUGUACUUCAUGAUGGAGAUCCUUUGUUUUCAAGGUCAGAUAUGGAUUCUUCUGCCUAUUUCAUUCAAGAUGGAGUUGCUAUACUUAUUGAUGAAGAUGGUGAACGACGUUCAGUUCCACGAGGUAGUUGUGUAGGUAUUUUUGAAUGUGCUUGUAGUGUUAAUGAAAGGAAAAGAUGUACGAUAAUUAGUAAAAACUAUUGUGAUAUUUGGAGAAUGCGUCGUGAAGUUCUUAUAGAUGUUGGAAUGAGUGAACCAGCAGCAUUAUUAUACUGCCGUAGUGCCGCCAAAUCCCAUCGUGCGAAGGAAGUAGUUAAACCUGCAAAUCCACCCAUUUCUGUAAGAAAAGAUCCAUAUAUUUUAUUUACUCUCACACGACAGUUAAUGAAUCGUUUAUGGGAAUCUAGUGUUCCUGUUAUUUAUCUUAAUGAUGAAAAACUUGUAGUUCAAGGGCAACCAUUUCAUCAGUUUAUUAUUUUACACUCUGGAGCAUUUGAAACGACAAUUCUUUGUGGUAAUGGAGAGCACAAAGUGGUAAGAAUUAAUGUUAAUAAUGAUGGUUAUGUGAUGGAAGUUCUUUCCUCUUCAAGUAACAACGACCGUAGUAAGGGAUCAACUGUAAAUUCCAAGAUGUUUUUCAGUUUAAUUUUGGGAGCCUACGAAUAUGCUUCUGGUAUGUCGCAAUAUUCUUCUACAGUAACUAGUUACGGUCUUUCUGAGGCCUUUGUGGUUGAUGUUGCACUUUUUGAUGCUAUUGUGCCUGCUGAACUGAAGGAGAUUAUACAGGAAGAAGGUGAAGCACGUGAACUCGUGCGUCGUUGUCACAAGGAACGUGAUGCAAGUAUACUAUUGUCUAACAUGCAGGAGGGAUUUGCGUCUAACUAUCGCAAGGGCAAAGAAAUUCCCACAAAGAAUGAGAACAAUUGGACCUGA